AUGAACAUCAGUUCCGAGUUUCAAGACAAACGCCACUUGGCCGAUGAGUAUAACAUGCCAGUCGUACCCUAUGAUGCCUCAAGCUGCCAACAAUUGGAUGCAGCCGAUUCUCUGUUAUUGGGUCUGGAGAAAUCCAUGAUGUCUGAGAAGGAGCUUUGGGCACCUGAUACUGUUGGAUCAUCCAUGUACUACAAUCUUGAUGGUUGUGUCAAUAAAGCAGGCGAUGUCUUCGAACCCUACUCAAUCGCUCGUCCCACCCCUAGAGAGACGUCUGUGUCUUCUCAUGAUCUGAAUAUGUUCAUGGACAAUGUCAUGCGUCCAACACUUCCAGAACCACGACCUUUCGACCAAACUUGUCCAUCGAAUGAGCCAGGACCUCAUCGACAAAACGACAAGAAAAGGUUUCUCGAAGAACACGCUUCUAUCAACACGGCAGCACCACCUUCAAAGAGAAGUAGGAUCUUUAAUGUCGUCGAGGACGACGAGAGCUCCCAAGAGGAAGAGCCACUUCCCAAAUUCCGGAAUUAUCAAGAGCAGCAAUGGCAAGAACAGUACCAAGGCCUGCUCCAAUACAAGGCGAAACAUGGACACUGUUGCGUCCCCAACGCAUAUCCACCAAAUCCAGUACUUGGACGAUGGGUGAAGCGCCAAAGAUACCAAUACAAGCUAAGGCAGACUGGGCAGCAAUCCACUUUAGUUACUCCUCGAGUCCAAGCCUUGGAAAGUGUCGGAUUUGUCUGGGACUCUCAUUCCGCUCUUUGGGAAGAGAGACUGAAUGAACUCAAAGCCUAUCGAAUUGCUCACGGUAACUGCAACGUUCCAUCGAACUAUCCCAAGAGUAAACAAUUGUCAACUUGGGUCAAGUGUCAACGCCGACAAUACAGGCUUUUUGGACAAGGAAAGAACUCUAACCUCACCGAAGAGCGCAUUGGAGCGCUGGACGACCUUGGAUUUGUUUGGGAUGGUCGAAUGGUUGGAAAUAGGUGCAAGCGUGUCGUCGAGAAGAGCCAGCCACGAAGCAGCCGACUUUCAAGAAGAUUCGCCGCUGAGGUCUAA